UUAAUAUAAACGACAUUUCAUCAUACUUAGUCACACACACACAACACAUUUUAUCACACACAUUUUUAUAUUAUAUGUAUACAAUUUCUUACAUCCUUCAUAUGUCCAAUGAUUUUGAUUAUCAUAUAAGAAAAAUAAUAGUUAUUAUGAUAUAAGUUUUGUUUUCUUCUUUCAUGGAGUCCGAUCCAAACCCUAAUGCUCUAAAUCAAUACAUAAAUCCAAGAGAUUGUACUCAAGGCUUUUGUUCCACGUUUUGUCCUCAGUGGUGUAGUUACAUCAAGUUAUCUCCACCACCACUUUCCUAUGAACUCCUAAACGAUGGUGUUUCAUCAAACCCUAGUGUUUCACCUCUUCUCAUUGCCAUUAUUGGUAUCCUUGGAAGUGCAUUUCUUUUAGCAACUUACUACACUCUUGUCUCAAAGCAUUGCGCCACCGACACAAACGAUGGAGCUGCCUCAGACACGGGUAGAUCUGAUCUCAUUAUCGAUGUUAACUCGCUAGAAAGUCAAGAUCAUGACAACCCUUUUGCUCAUGAGUCUUCAAAUGCCGGUUUGGACGACGCCAUGAUAAAGAAGAUUGGUUUCUUCAAGUUGAAGAAGCAUCAAAACGGGCUCAAGAUCAACGUUACAGAUUGUUCCAUAUGUCUUGGAGAGUUUAACGAAGACGAGAGCUUAAGGUUAUUGCCUAAUUGUAACCACAUUUUCCACGUGGUUUGUAUUGAUCGGUGGCUCACCUCUCACUCAAAUUGUCCCCUUUGCCGGGGUAAGAUCAUCGUCCCUACCACUCAAGAAACCGAUCAUGUCUUUGUGGUGAUGAAUCUUGAUCGGUUUACUAGCAGUUCUGGACCAGUAGAAGGAAAUGUGAUGGUUCUUGAUCCUCGUGAAGAGGUUAGUGUUUCGGUUAGUUCUCAUCAUCCACGACGGUUCUCGGCCGCAGAUAUUGUUAUGUGGAUGAGCAGAGACGGAGAAGAGGAGGAGAGAAGUUAUGAUCUUGAAAAUGGAAACAGAGUGAAGCUUGUAGACUACUUUAAAAGAUCACUCUCAAGUGGUGGAUUGGUUCUUGGGGCUCAAGGACGGACUAGGAGAUCCUAAACCUACUUCCUUGACUCCAUAUUCGUUUCUUAAAUAUAUUUUAUUGUACUUACACUUUGAGAAAUUGAUACAGAUACAUAUAAUGGAUGCGUUUCAUCAUUCA